AUGCCGUCGAGUGAGUCCAGGGAGCGUACACCCAGCCAGCCGCUCAGGAAUACGCCUGAGAGACGGCCUUGUGGCAGAGCCGCCACUCCGGCACCAGCAAGUGCGACCCCAACAAACUCCACUGCCACAAGUUCAACCCCGAGAUCGGCCACUCCGAGAUCUGCCCCGAGAUCGGCCACGCCCAGCUCUGGCCCGAGAUCGGCAAGCUCGGCUGCCCCGAGAUCAGCGACCCCGAGAUCAACUGUCCCCAGAUCGACCACUCCGAGAAGAGACGCGAAGGAGCAGAAAGAGGGGAAAGACAUGAAGGCGGAGGGCAACGUUCAGCUUUUGUGGGGCUCUCCGACAAGCACCACCAGCACCUCAGGCGACGCUCGAAGCACCUCAGGCAGCUCUCGAUCUCGGGGGCUGGCGAGCGGCAGCACCACGCCGGUGAUGAAGCGGACGCCCUCCUCCAACUCCUUGAGCAAUUCACUGGGCUCGACCAGGCGAACACCGGCCAGGUCCGCAUCCACCUCUUCCCGCAAGCCCGUGAGCAUCCCGAGCGAGCUGGUGACGCUUCGGGACAUGUGCGGGGGCGAGUGCCAGCGCCUGGCCUCCGACUUUCCAGAGUGGGAGGACUUCUGCAAUGGGCUCACGAAGUUGCUGAAAGACGAGGUGGCGAGCCAUAUCAAGUCCUGUGGCAAAUGUAGGGCGACCUCCUCCUUUUCGAGGAAUCGCCAAAAGACGCAGAGCCCAGCUGGGCCCGCGAUUUCAGAGUCCUCGUUGGCAACCCUCUGCCAGGUCUGUUUGGAGUCCCUGGACGCCGCGCUGCGGGGGGAGCUGCAGAAGCAGAAGGAUCUGCUGCUGGCGGAGAUCGCCGAGUCCCUGGACGUGUCCUUUGGGGCGCUACUGGGAUUCGAGGGCGCCGGGCUGCAGCGGGGGGACGGGCGGCUUCAGAGCCUGGUCACCACGGCACAGGAGCGUCAGAGGCUGCUGAACCAGGCGCCUCUGCGCCAAGACGCGCAGAAGAUCCUGCGAGAGCUGAACGUGGUCCGCCAAGCGCUGAAAGAGUGGAGCUCUUUGGACUGGCCCUUCGCCACUAGAUACAUCCCGCACAAGUAUGGAUCCAUCGUCAGCAGCUGCGAUGUCCAGCAGCAGGCCAACAGGAGGUGCAAGCUCUUCGCACAGAAGGCCUGCGCACUCAUGGCCAGUUGGGAGGCGCAAAGGCCAGACCUGAAGUUCAGCGAGGUCUUCUCCCUGUUCGGCGUGCCAAUGCUGCAGCUGGACCCUCGAGCCGCCGUGGAAGUGCCCGACCCAGAGGACAACUUUGAGGAUGUGCCUUUGGAGGAGGAGGAGCUGUGCGUGCGGCCCAUGCGGGUGGUGGCCAGAGUGAGGCCUAUGCUGCCACACGAGGAUGAAGGGGACGACGUGGCGGCGGAGGUGCUGGACGACGUCACGGUGUCCUACGAGACGCUGCACCACGGCUACGUCCCGGCACGGCACACUUUGCAGUUCGACUGCGCGCUGCGCUGCUCGCAGACGCGGCUCUUCCACUGCUCGGGGGUGCGAGCGCUGGUGCACCGCGCCUGCGAGGGCUUCACCUGCAGUAUCUUCGCGUAUGGCCAGACGGGGGCGGGGAAGACCUACUCCCUCUUCGGGCCCUCGGAGAGUUUGACGCAGCUGGUGGACGACGAGGUCUCCCCCGCCGCCCAGGCGCGGCUGCCGAAGGCCUGCUACGUGCUGGUGGAUGAGGCCAGAAGAGCCAAGGCUGGCAAGCAGGGAUUGCUGCCAAGGGCCCUGCAGUUCCUCUUCAGAACUUUGGAGCACAUGGGCUUGGGCUCACUUCGCCCGCGCGCGACUUUCAUGGAGAUUUACAACGAGGCCAUCUACGACCUCUUCAACCCCUCCAACACCAAGCUGGAGGUGUACCAGCGGUCGGGGGAGGUUGGCUUCCACGUGCCGGGCCUCACGCAGGUGAGCUGCAGCUCCGCCAUCGAGGUGAUGCAGGCGCUCCAAAGGGGCCUCGCCAGCAGGCACACCCAUGGGCACUCAGCCAGCAGAGAGUCAUCCAGGGCUCAUGCCAUCUUCUCAGUUGAGAUUCCGCUGCCUGGCAAGCCGGGCAAGUUGAUUUUCGCCGACCUGGCGGGCUCCGAGCGGCUGAAGCGCGUCGCGGGGCAGGAUCAGAAGGAGACGGCACACAUCAACAAGUCGCUGCUGAUGCUCUCCAACUGCGUGUCCGCUUUGUCCUCGUCCUCGGGCAGCCCCCCAAGCGCCUUCCGCAACUCCAAGCUGACGAAGGUGCUCAUGGAAGCGCUUUGUGGCAGCGGCUUUACCAUCUUGCUGGCGGCCUUCUCUCCGGCGAAGCGCCACUACGACGAGACCGCCAACACCUUGAGCUUCGCGGCGAAGUGCGGGUCCAUCCCUCGGCAGACGCUGAGCAACGAGACCCCCGAACAGAAGCAGCUUCGGGAGCUCCAGGAGCUAGUGGAGCAGAUGAAAGCGGAGAUUGCCGAGCUCAAGGAGCAGAAGGUCACGGAGAUUGAGGCCGAGCCGGCCGAAGCGGCCGCGGACGCGGCCGAAGCGGACGCGGCUGGCGUGCCGCGGGUGGAGCUCGCCGCGCUGCACGCGGAGCUCCAGGCAGAGCGGCUCCGCAACGAAGCAUUGGAAGACCACGUCCGAAGCCUGCGAGAGCAGCUCAAAGAGUCCCUGCUCUCUCCCGGCAAGGAUAUGCUCAUUUCCACCUCAAGGCUGACUUACUUUGGCAAAGCCAAAAGCGAAGCCCAGCUCAGAGCCCUGCCGGGAAAAAGAGGGGACCGCGAGCUUGGAGCGUGUGACUGCGUUUGA